AUGGAGAAAGAUGACAUAGAUUUGGUUUUAGUACCAGCAGGAUUACUUGUAAUGGCGGCUUAUCACGUCUGGCUCCUUUAUCAGAUACGUCACAACCCAACUCGGACAGUCAUCGGUAUGAAUGCUAUUACUCGCAAAUUUUGGGUUAGCUCAAUGAUGGAGGACACACAGAAAACUGGAGUUCUGGCAGUACAAACAUUGAGAAACAACAUUUUGGCAUCCACACUACUGGCCUCUACAGCCAUCAUGCUAAGCUCCCUAAUUGCUAUUUUAAUGACCGGGGGAGCCGUUGGACAUAACAGCAGUACCACCAACAGCAUCAGGACUGACCACCACUGGGUCAGUCUAACGUUUGGUGAAGGAACUAGGCUGAGGUUGACAAGCAAGUUCUUUAGCAUAUUCGUGUGCUUCUUGGUAUCUUUCUUGAUGAAUGUUCAGUCGAUUAGGUACCUCAGCCAUGCAAGCAUGCUCAUCAAUGUUCCUUACAAAAUGAUAACCAAUUUCACCAGCCUGCCCCUCACCAUAGAGUAUGUAGCCUCCACGGUGAAUCUAGGUAGUUACUUUUGGUCUCUAGGCCUUCGUGCCUUCUACUUCUCCUUCCCAUUGUUCCUAUGGCUAUUUGGUGCUAUACCCAUGUUCAUUUCUUCCGUUUUCUUGGUGUUUAUGUUGUACUUUCUUGAUGUCGCUUUUGAUCUUGGAUGGGUAGCUGAUACAACCAGUACAGAUGAAGAAACCUAUAAAUAA